GUAGCACUAUCUAUUGUGCUGACGCAUCACAGCGGAUAUUCGGAUUUUGCGUCACCCUGUCAACUCAACCAUUUUAACUUUUUUGCUAUUUUUAAAUAGGGACAUAACUUUUCAACUGAGGGGUUUGGCCGCCUGGUGGAGCCGGACCAUGGACGAUGCACCAUGCUGCCUUGUUGACAACAUGACCGAGCUGUAGUCAAGUGGGUCAUAUCAGCCAGGCUACGAGCGGCGCAGAAUAGCAUUCGAUUGAGAUAGGCGCUCAUCCUGCCCUUUCUCGUCACAGGCUAUAGUCAGUGCUCUGCGGCUCAGCAUAAUCGAAUCCGCCCAAUGUCUACUUCCAAGAUGGCGGCGGGAUGUGAAAGAGUGGACAGUAGUCACAGCAUGGAUAAAAGCAUAACUCUUCCACCCGACGAGAUCUUCAGGAAUUUGGAAAAUGCAAAGAGGUUCGCAAUAGACAUAGGUGGAUCUCUGACGAAACUCGCCUAUUACUCCACUGUUCAACACAAAGUAGCGAAAGUACGGUCAUUCGACCAUACUGCAAAGGAGACUGAGGGUGACCCCCUCUAUGAGAUCUCUAUGCAGGAGGAGGUGUCGGCUCGCCUUCACUUCAUCAAAUUUGAAAAUGCCUAUAUCGAAACCUGCCUGGACUUUAUCAAAGACCACCUGGUCAACACUGACACCAAAGUCAUCAAAGCCACCGGUGGAGGGGCUCACAAGUUUAAAGAUCUCAUAGAGAAGAAACUGAAACUCAGGGUGGACAAGGAGGAUGAAAUGACAUGCCUCAUCAAGGGCUGCAACUUUGUGCUGAGGAAUAUCACCCACGAAGCCUUUGUCUAUGUCAAGCAUGCAGACUCUGAGUUCCGCUUCCAGAACACUCACCCUGACAUCUUCCCUUACCUGCUCAUCAACAUCGGCUCAGGGGUGUCCAUUUUCAAGGUUGAAUCAGAGGAUACAUUUGAGCGUGUUGGAGGAAGCUCCAUAGGUGGGGGGACAUUCUGGGGCCUUGGAGCACUGCUCACAAAAACAAAGAGGUUUGAUGAACUCCUUCAGUUGGCCUCAAAGGGGCAGCACACAAAUGUUGACAUGCUGGUCAAAGACAUCUACGGUGGAUCUUAUGGGUCCUUGGGCUUGACUGGGGACCUUAUUGCAAGCAGCUUUGGAAAAUCUGCUACUCCUGACAAAGAGUUCUCUAAAGAAGACAUGGCUAAGAGCCUGCUCCAUAUGAUCAGCAAUGACAUUGGGCAGCUGGCCUGCCUCUAUGCCCGGCUCCACAACUUGACCAGGGUAUACUUUGGGGGUUUCUUCAUCCGAGGACACCCUGUCACUAUGCACACCAUCACUUACAGCAUCAACUUCUUCACCAAGGGUGAAGUCCAGGCACUCUUCCUGAGGCAUGAAGGCUAUCUGGGGACUAUUGGAGCCUUCCUUAAGGGAGCAGAGGAAGACAAUCCUAACCAGUACAGUUGGGGGGAGAACUAUGCUGGGAGCUCUGGCCUGAUGAGUACUUCUCCAGACCUGAACCCCAUGCAACGUGCACGUAGUGGAACAUUUGACAUGUUGGAGAUGGACCGUCUGGAGAGGCAGCUGGUGAAUCUGCCCCUGCUGCAGGACCCGUCCUCCUACAUCCCAGACACAGUGGACCUCUCAGAGGACGCCCUUGCACGGGAGUACUGGCUCUACUGCUUCGAGGAGGCCCUGGAUGGGGUGGUGAAGAGAGCUGUUGCCAGCCAGCCUGAUCUUCCAGAGGCCGCUGAACGAGCAGAGAAGUUCCGUCACAAGUACCAGCACAAGCUUCAGACCCUCCGCCACCAGCCUUUUGCUUAUGGAUCCCUCACUGUCAGAAGUCUGUUAGACACAAGAGAACACUGUUUAAACGAGUUCAACUUCCCUGACCCAUACUCAAAGAUCAAACAGGGGGAGAACGACAUGGCCCUCAAGUACUUCCAGAAGGCAGUCAAGUCCCUGGAGGAGCUGAGCUGGGAGCAGAGGCAGUUUGCCCUGGUCAGGGGCCUCCUGGCUGGUAACGUCUUCGAUUGGGGAGCCAAGGCUGUAUCGGAUGUUCUGGAGUCUGAUCCGGAGUUUGGCUUUGAACAUGCAAAACUGCAGUUGGAAGAGCGGCCGUGGCUUGUGGAUGCCUAUGACCAAUGGCUCGAGAGACUGAAGGGCCCACCUCAUAAGUGUGCAUUGUUUUUCGUAGAUAAUAGUGGAAUAGACAUCAUACUUGGAGUGUUCCCAUUUGUCAGAGAGCUUCUCUGCAGGGGAACAGAGGUUGUCCUUGCCAGCAACUCUAGCCCAGCUCUGAAUGAUGUAACAAACAGUGAGCUGCAGAUCUUGACUGAAAGAAUAGCUGCAAUGGAUUUAGUCAUACAGUCUGCUGUGAAGGAGGACAGGCUGACGCUAGUCCAGAGUGGCUCUAGCUCUCCUUGCUUAGACUUGAGCCGCCUUGACAAGGUGUUGGCUGGGGUUGUGCGAGAGCGCCAUGUAGACCUGGUGAUCAUCGAGGGCAUGGGCCGGGCCAUCCACACCAACUACUACGCCAUAUUGAGCUGCGAGAGCCUCAAAAUGGCUGUCAUCAAGAACUCCUGGCUGGCUGACCGGCUGGGGGGCAAGCUCUUCAGUGUGGUCUUCAAGUAUGAGGUGCCACCAGGCCACAAAACCACCACCCUGGAUCAUGUUCCAGUGACGCCUUCAUAAUUUCUCUCUUUUGAAGUCUGAUCAUGGGACAGGCUGAACUGGUUGAGGUACUAGUUAGAGAGGUUCAGUUGGCUGUAAUGGGGUUGAUUUGUCCACCUCAUGAUUGACAUGCUGGUUGUACAGGGAGGUGUUAAGAUAAUCAUUGGACUUGGGUUGUUUUGAAAACUUAGUGGGUUAUUUCAGCAAGAGUGUCAAAGCAGAGUAUAACAUUGCUUUGUAACACCAGAAUAUUUAAAUGUCUUUAUUUUUUGAAUAUACAGCCAUACUUUGCACCAUGUUGUGUGUUCUUGUAGAUCACAGCCUAAAUUAUAGUUAAGAUAUCAGAACAGACAACGGUUGUCAGAGGUGUGCACUCUUUGCAGAUUGACUGUCAAUGCUGGUGAGAUACUCUACUGAGUGCAUUUAUAGACAGGUUAUCUCAGUACCCUGCUGUUUACACACAGCAUCCCAAUGGUUACCAUGACAACGUGUCCCUUUCAGUGGUGGAGAUGCUUUGUGUGUGGCUUGCUACCAGGGUAAUUACAGCAAUCUGUGGCAAAGCAACAUAAAAAUAUGGCAAAUGUGCCUUGAGGUUGGAGUGAUGAAAAGCAUAGCUUGUUCAAAAUGCAACCAACCUAGUUUAAUUUCUGGUGUAGGGAAAGCAUGGACGUUUGUUACCUUGGGCUACAUCAGUGUCUUUUCUUUGAUUACAGGAUUUGCCUCCUUUCAUCACUGCCACUGGGUGAAUUGAGAUUAUUUACUUAAUUGUGUGAUGAUCAUUGCCUGAGAAGCUAAAAUGUUGCUACUGGGAAUUUGUUUGGAAAGAGUGGAUAAUAGCACUUUAUUGAUGGGAUUAAAAUGAUUCUUAAAAUUCCAGAAGGUGGCAGUAUUUUACUGUGAAAUAUGUUCCUAACAACCCAAAUUAAAUGUGAAGUAUAUUUUGUUCAAUGGAUGUUUUGAAAGUGUGUUGUGUCAAACUCAAAAUGUGUAUUUCAGGUAAUUUUAUUGCAAAUGUUUAAGCCAUCUUUGUGUCAUCAUUUUCUGGUAGCCUUAGUAAAUUAGGUCUGCUUCCAAAAAACUAAAACAUUGAAGUUAUCAAACAGUAGGCUAACCACUGUCAUUAACAAAAAUGUUGUGUAAAAGGGAUUUUUUUUCAAUUCUUAAAAUAGUUUAAACUAAAUUGGGGGUGACUGAAAGUAUUUGAUGGUUAAUUAAUUGACUUACUGAUGACACUCAUUCAUACUAUCUUUAUCAAACCAGGUGUCUGAAAUGGAGCUUGAGGUCUUGCUGUCCAAAUGUUUCCAUGGCUUUUUGUUUAACCUGUGAACUCACUUUACGAUAUUGUAUUAUCAUUUGUGUAUAGACAUGUGAAGUAAGUGUUAUUAUAAUUAAUUUGCGUUAGGAGUUCACGACGCGCCGAAAUUAGGGGAAGUUUUUUGUUCUAUUGACAAUCACUUUUAAUUAAAUCUGAAUAUUUUAA